AUGAACCUGAAUCCUCUUACUAAACAAGGCAAGGCGCUGCACUGUGAGGUCUGUGAAAUGAUUGUAGAAAAAUGGCUAGAGGGUUCCAGUGAUUUUGUUACAAAUAGUAUAUGCAUGGUGAGUCCUGGGACUCAUUUUGUGAAUAGUCAAGAGUUCUGGCCUGUCCACAUGCACAACCAGUGAGUCCCAGUUAAAAAACAGGGAGUCCUUAAUUGAAAAUGCUUGGUAUGGGCCUUUUAACCAGACAGUUAAUCUGGAGACAGAUGCCAAAACUUUUUAUGACGGUUUACUAAAAUGAAAAUAUAGUCCUAUAUUUUUAAAGCACAAAAAGACUAAAAUAUUUAUAUACAUCUUUAAACAACAGCUACAGAAAUCGCACAAACAGGAUAUUCUACCAACAAAUCUUCAAAUCGAUCGAUCACCCUUUGUCUUUAAAUCUGCAAGUUGAAAUCAUCUUGGUAAUCAUCUCAGUUAUUACUCUUCACUACAUAAUUGGCCUCAAUAAUAUUGUAGCAUAUUCUGAAUCCAGCACUUGUCAGAUUUCCCUGGCUUGUUGAGUUGACUCAGUUUUCACAUUUUAUUUUUUUCCAAUAUAAUUUGGUUUGUUUCGAUUUUGUUCAGGCAUCAAACUCUCCAGAAAGCUGGUUUGAUAUUGUUAGAUGGCCAAACUGUUUUGUUCGGGGGAGUUUGGUGGGAACUUUGUUUUGCGUAAUACAUUGUACACCGGAAUUAUACAUUUACUGCAGUAAAUUAUCUGCUGCCCACCAGGGUUAUCGCUUUACAAGUUGUGAGAACAUCAUUUCUUGCACCCAGACCUUGUUACUUUCCCCUGCUUCCCCUGGUAUUGACCCUGUACGUGUAGAUGAUAAUGUACAACCUGAGGGAGGUUGUGCCCUUGAAAAGUAGGCUUUUUGUUACUGGUACUGGUAAUCAUAGACAGCCUCUGUUUACAUUUACAUGUACAUGUAACCCCUGGUCCAUAGUCUUAACGUUGCAGGUUGCGGGCAACAUAAUGUACUAACUAUUACUAUGAAACACAACUGUGUGCUUGUAAAAUUAUUGUAAUGUGAUGAAUCAGGGUUGUCAGAAAGUUUUGAAGUAGACAGCUGAGUUGUCAAAAAUAAUAAGCGGCCAGUAAAUUGUAUGUAUAUUACUCAUUUAGUAUUUUUUAUUUGUAUGAGAAUAUCUACAUUAGUAAAGUUGUCUUACUGCUAAAAGGUUUUCCCUCCCCCCCCCCACUGAUAGCCUGGGGGAAAGCUUCUGUGUUUUACUUAUUAGCACUUUGUUUUGUUUUUCAUACAACAGGCUAGGCAGAUCACCUUGGUAUGUGAUGUUGGUGCAGAACGUUCUCUCAAAGCAGGCUGUUUCAUGGAACUUAAUUUCAGUCUCAAGUUACUGUGCUUUAUGCUUAGUCAAGUUCUGCAAAUGCUAAUCUUGAAAUACUACUUCUAUGCUAAAGACAACUGCUACCUCGAGUGGGCAAGGUGA